UGUUUCUCCAAUUUUCCAUUUUUCCGAGAAAAUUUUUCUCCCUUUCUCUCUCUCCCACAAGCUUUCCCAUCUCCCUGAAAUCGCAAUCGAUCUCUCUCAAACAGUUUUCUCUCGCUUUCCCUCCUUUUCUCGGCCUCCAAUCAACCAUUUCAAUCUUCUUCCACCCUCUUGUUGCCAGACACACCAAUUUCACUUUCACUUCCCCAAGAUCUGGGACUCUCUUCUGUCCUCUGUAGCUCUAAAUCUGAUCAACAAAUUUGUGGGUUGCAUUCCUUGUUUAAUCUUGAUUUGUUCUUCUUCAGGAUGCUUUGACAUAUAUUGCCUUUCCAGGGUCGGAAUUGGCAUCUAGGGUUAAGUGAUUGGUCUUGCUGGUUGAUAUCUGUGCAGUUCAUGCGAGAGUCACGCUCUGGUUUCGAUGAAUAUGGAAAUUUCUUGCGAUGUGGCGUCCUUGGACGCUGAAUUGUUGCAGCUGGCGGAAGUCUCUCCUUUGGCGAUUAAAUCCAAUCCUGAUUUUGUCGAGAAGCUGUUUGAGCAGUGGCUUUCGCUUCCUGCCACUAAUCGCCUGGUCACGUCAUUGUUAAACGAUGCAAAGGCUGGUGUACCCUUGAAUGUGCCUGGAAAUUCUUCUAGUCCUCAUGCUUCUGCUAGCAAUUCACUGCCUUCUAUCUUUCCUGCUGGAAGUGCUCCUCCUUUAUCACCGAGAAGUAUAUCUGGUUCCCCUCGGGUGAUGAGACCGAGGGUUGGUCCUUCUAUUUUAGGCUCCCCACUGAAAGUGAUUAGUGAGCCAAUUAAAGAACCAAUUCCGCAGUUUUACUUCCAAAAUGGACGUCCACCACCAGUUGACCUGAAAGAGCAAUGCAUGUUCAGGACCAAUCAGGCAUUCUAUGGACACUUGGAUGGGUUACAGAUCCAUGAAUUUAGGGCAGUUACAAAAGAAGUAUGCAAGCUGCCAUCGUUCUUUUCCACUUCUCUUUUCAGAAAGAUAGAUGUUAAUAGCACUGGCACUGUGACAAGGGAUGCUUUUAUUGAGUAUUGGAUCAAUGGAAACAUGUUGACACUGGAUAUAGCAACCCAAAUUUUUAGGAUUUUAAAGCAGCCGGAUCUCAAGUAUCUGACUCAGGAUGACUUCAAACCUGUGCUUCGAGAGCUCUUAGCAACGCACCCAGGGCUAGAAUUCCUUCAGAGCACUCCAGAAUUUCAGGAAAGAUAUGCUGAAACAGUAACAUAUAGGAUAUAUUUCUACAUAAAUAGAGCUGGAAAUGGUCAGCUUUCACUUAGGGAGCUCAAACGUGGUAAUUUGAUUGAUGCAAUGCAACAUGCUGAUGAAGAAGAGGACAUCAACAAAGUUUUGAGGUACUUUUCUUAUGAGCAUUUUUAUGUAAUAUACUGCAAAUUUUGGGAGCUGGACACGGACCACGACUUCUUGAUUGACAAGGAGAACCUUAUCAAAUAUGGAAAUCAUGCGCUUACCUACCGUAUUGUUGAUAGAAUAUUCUCUCAGGUUCCAAGAAAGUUUACUAGUAAAGUUGAAGGUAGGAUGGGAUACGAAGAUUUUGUUUAUUUUAUAUUGUUUGAGGAAGAUAAAUCAUCUGAGCCUAGCCUUGAGUAUUGGUUCAAGUGCAUAGAUUUGGAUGGUAAUGGAAUUUUAACACGGAAUGAAUUGCAAUUCUUUUAUGAGGAGCAAUUACAUCGUAUGGAAUGCAUGGCUCAAGAACCUGUGCUUUUUGAGGAUAUUUUGUGCCAGAUAAUUGAUAUGAUUGGACCUGAGAAUGAAAGUUAUAUCACUCUACGAGAUCUGAAAGGCUGCAAGCUUUCUGGAAGUGUUUUUAAUAUUCUUUUUAAUCUGAAUAAGUUUAUGGCCUUUGAAACACGUGAUCCAUUUCUUAUCCGCCAGGAGCGCGAGAAUCCUACUUUGACAGAGUGGGAUCGUUUUGCGCAUAGAGAAUAUAUUAGGCUUUCAAUGGAAGAAGAUGUGGAAGAUGCCUCUAAUGGAAGUGCAGAAGUUUGGGAUGAGUCUCUUGAAGCUCCAUUCUGAGGAGCUUGAAAAGUAACGUUUUAAAAUUGGCCACCAGAUGAAGAAAUGUGUACGGACGGAGCAGUUUCUUAAGAACGAGAAUGCAGAGUGGUGCUUUCUCGAACACGAAUCGCAGGUCUCCGAUCGCUGCUUUGACCAAAUGCUCUACUAUUUGCGUGGAACAUCCCUGUAGAUUGUACUGAUACAACAACAUUCUGUAAGUGUUGUCUGCUUGGCACAGGUCAAUAAUUCAAGGCCAUUUAUUAUUUAGUUUAUAAUAUGCUGCCUUCCCCUUUUUCCCCCCCUCAAUUUAAGCCUAUUUAUAUAGAGAUAGAUAUGAUGAUGAUCAUCAUCUAAGCCCCUUUUUUGGUUUGUAAUUUUAUUCUGUUUCUCAAAAUGAAAAAAGAAAAAUAUAUAUCCUUUCCCCUAAUUGUGACUUGGGUGUGGUUUUGUGAUGCUUUUCAUUGUCUGACUUUUCUUUUUGAGAGAAUGGGCAGCUCAGUCAGUCAGUCAGUCAGUCUCUAUAUCCUUUUUUUGUGUAAGAGCUGGGAAUUUUUGUUAUUUAUGAAUAUUCAUUUCAACUUUUCUC